UUUUAUUUACUGAAAUCCAAAAUGUCAUUUGCAGUUUCAGGAACGAUAGUGAAGAUUAUGAACCAUGUCUUAGGCAGCUUCAUCGAGAAUAUUGACAGCAAUCAGUUCAGCCUAAGCGUGUUCAAAGGGAAUGUAGAGUUGAAGGACAUUUCGAUCAAACCAAGUGUUUUUGAUAGCAUACCUAUUCCCUUCAAGUUAAAAUAUGGCAAGGUAGGGCAUAUCAAUGUUGAUGUGCCAGUCAUGUCCUUGUUUAGCAGUCCACUAAAGAUCUCAAUUCAAGACGUAUUUGUCCUGAUAAACCCUAUGAAUGAGCAAACUGAGUGGAAUGAGAAGAAAGAAAUCGAGUGCUUUAUUAAUGCAGUUCAGAGCCGUUUAGAGCAUCUUGAAGAGUAUCUUGACUCAAAAUUGGAAGUUGAAAGCAAUGAUCCAGGAAUGAUCAAUAAAAUGUUAUCUAAUAUCAUCGAUAACGUCCAGAUUGAAAUCUCUAACAUCUGUGUAAGAUACGAAGAUGAUCUUUCCAAUCCUCGUAUCCCAUUUUGUAUUGGACUUACUAUCGAGCAUCUCUCAACAUAUACAGCUAAUGAUGAUUGGCAGAAAGAAUUUGUCACCAAGAAAGAUGUGUCCAACAAAUCAUUGGAACUCACCAACUUUUCACUUUUCCUCAACAAUGAGAAGGAUAUUUUCUACGAUGAAAUAAUGGGAGAUUUUAAAAUAUCCGAUUUGAAUGAGUACCUAUUAAAAGAGUACAACAAGUCUAAGAAAGAUUCCAAAGCUAAGGCAAGCUCAAUGUAUAAGCAAUUCAUCAGCAGGGCAUUCCAAGCUAACUUGGAGAACUCCUACCUCUUGAAAGACUUCUGAAUUGACUUGAGAGUCAAGCUCAACAAGAAUCCUAAGAAGAAUAAACUUCCACAAGUCUCAGCGGAUUUGAUCUUUGGAGGAAAGUUCUCAAAUUCAGAUAUGAAGGUAGACUGUACCAUACUUGUGCAGCAGGUUAGGUCCCUUCUCAAGUUCCUUGAGUACUCAAGCAGGUACACCAGAUACCAGGAUGAAGUACUCAAGAAUUUCAGAGACAAGGAACUCACCAAGGCCCAGAUUGAAGAAUACAUUGACCUCUAUAGCGCAUAUAAAUCCUUAACCAAGAAGAAGAAUAGCGCGGCAGGAAAAAUGAAGGUACGACUUAAGCAAGCGGAAGAGGAUUACUCAUACGAAGUAAUUGCUCCAGUGAGACAAAUUGCUUUCAACAAAUAUGUUGUUGAAAUGAAAAAGGAAGAAGAGCGAAAGCAAAUAGACCAAAAAGUCAAGGAUCUUUCUGCAAGCAAGACAGGGGUGAUGACCUCAGUCAGAAGCUUCUUUGGGUACUCAAAUCAAGCCAAAAUUGAAGAAGACAAGAAGCAAAUCCUUGAAGUUAAGGAAAAACUCGAUAAAGAGUUUAUGGACAAGUAUGAAAUCGAAGAAGAAAAACUUCACCAGGAACUUGAUGACUUUUUCAAAAAGAAAAGUAUCUUUGAUCCUGAUCUGAUUGAUCAGAUGCCUCUUGACUGGAUUCGGUUUGACUUUGGAAUCAAGAUCCCUGAGAUUCAGAUCUUAAUAGGCAAUAGAAACAAACCUGAUAAUGAAACCGAAAAAUUAAUUGAAUUUGGAAUCCAAAGGAUAUUCGUUACAGCCAAGCUUGGAAACAUCUUUGAAGACGUCAGCCUGGGUUUUGAGAAAGCUAGUAUCCAAGAGUUUAUUUCUGAAGAGAAUACCUACCUCUUUGAGACUGUUUCAGAUUCUCAUUGAAAUGCACUCAAAGUUGAUCUCUACCAUAACUCUAAGCAAGAGAUUCCUGUCAAGUUUACUGCUGAGACGAAUGCAGAAUUUUUCAUCAACGUCAGAAUGGAAAUAGUCAAAAUUAUGAAUAUGUUCAGCGCCCAAAGCGAGAAGAUUGAUAUUUCCUACUAUGCUGAAUUAGCAAAGGUCAAGUUCCUCGAAUACCUGAAUAGAGGUAUAGAUUAUGCCGAAUCCAUUGAAAGCAAAGAUUUUGAGAUGAUUAAUAUCGACCUAAAUGUCAGUCUAUGCUCUCCAAUGAUAUUUGUCAGAGAUCCUAGACCACAUAUAGACAGAUGGCUGGUACUCAACUGAGGUACCAUCAUUAUGUCGACUAAAUUUGAGGAAGAGAAGUCUCUCACCGAAGAAGGAGAAAUUGUUAAGAAACAUCCAAUUUAUGAACUUGGAGUGGUAAAUUUCAGCAUGUUUCAAGGGAUCAACAUUGUAGAUCCCCAUAACUGGAGGAAUGCUAAGACGAUAGAUAUUAUACAAGAUGUGUCCCUCUUAACGAACGUUCAGUUUGCCAAGUUAUUCCCAGAGGCUGAAAAUCAGACAUUAUGCUUAAAUAUUGACAUAUCCAAGGUGAAUAUUUACUUCUCAGAUUUCUUAUUACUCUCAGUUAUCGAGAUGCUCUUCGGAUUUCAAGAUAUGUACAAUAAAUACUCGGAAGAAGCUGUACUGGAAGUCCAAGAGGAAGAAAAAAUGGAGUAUUUUCAAGAAGUCUUUGAUAAUGCAUUCGACGAGAACAUGAAAUCUUAUACACGAAGAAGUACCAAAAGACCACAGUAUAAAAUCGUAGAUGCUAAGAAGGAAGAGCCUGAAAUUGAUGAGAAAAUGAUGAAAUUCCUCAAACAAAUCAACCAAAAGAUUACUUUCCAGUUGAAAGGAGCCAAUCUAUAUCUUUGUGAAAGAGAUACCAAAACAAAUAAGGAUAUAGAAUUGGUCUAUUUCCUUGUUGAGACAAUCAAGGCUAGUGUAAUCUUGUCAAACCAAAAUACCAAGCUAAAUGUUGGCAUAAAAAGACUUAUAGUCAGAGAUGCUAAUCUUGUCAGAGAGAAUACAGUUAAUACUCAGAAUCCUAUGCCAGAAGCCUAUUCCUUUUUGCUUUCCAAUCCUACUCUUGAGAAAGCUAUUUUAGAGGGCAAGAAUACUGACGAAGAUGCUGAUUCAGAACUACUUGAGGACAUUCAGUCUUAUCUGAAACACAAGAACAGUAUAUUCCAGCUUGUAGUAGCUCUUAAAAUAGAGAAAGCUGAUACUUAUCUUGACUUCUUAUUCAACAACUUCAGAUUCAUAGCUAAUGAAAAGACCAUUGAGAAGCUGAUGAAGUUUGCUUUCCAGAUCUUGAAAACCCUUGAUACUAGGGACAAUCAGCUGGAGAAACUCAAAGAGGAAUACCUGAAAUAUAGUGCAGAAGAUAAUACCUCUAGUGCAAGCCCACUUAAGGCUGGCUUUGAAGUUGCUGACUUAAAAGAGGAAGAAACAAUUUUUGACUACCUCAGAAAAGCUAGAGAGAAAUACCUCGUCCGUGAAAAAGGUUUAAGUGUGAUCCAACUUGACCGAUUCGAAGAAAAGAGAAGAAUCUUUGUAUCCGGAGCUAUUAAUAACAUUGAAGUUUGGGUCCCUCUUGACUGGCAAGAGAAUAAGUCUAAGCUGAUGUCGUUUACCUUCUCUUCAAAGCUAUCUUAUGACGCUACGACACAUAAGAAUUACUAUAUCAAUAGCUUAACAAGUUUGAUCUUUAAGGUUGAGAGUAUUUCUCAACAGGAGAAUGCGAAUAUUUCUCUGAGUAACCUGGACAUUAAGGUGGAGACAUUCGAUUGUUCAGAAUUUCAGGAAUGCAACAUCGGUAGCUCUGAUAUCAUUCUUCCUGACAACAACGACAUUAGGACACAUCUGUUCAGGUGCUAUUCAAUCCAGCUUAAAUAUGAAUCAAUAGACAUGAUCGCGAAGGAUGAAAAGAAAUCAGCUGUAAUUAUCGCCUUACAGCCUGUCAGAGCCAAAGUCGGAUUUAAAGAAAUCGAUGAAUUUAAGGUCGUGUUUGAUAGAAUGAUGAAGAUCUUGGAUAGCCUCACAAGUCAGAAUAAGGGCAUGGUAGAUAGACUAAAAGAUGACUAUAAUGAAGUAUUUGAAAAAACCAAUGAAUAUCAAGAGAAGAAAAGAAAAGAAAGAGGGAAUGAAAUAGUGAAAAGAUUGGUUAAGAUUAAGAAAACUGAUCUUUUAAAAUUGAGUCUUUCUGUUGAUAGCUUCAAGGCUGCCUUGAUCGAUGAUACAGGACUCUAUCAUCAGCUUCUAAUAGGCUUUGACGUUGAAAAUAUCAAGGCUAAAAUUUACCUAGAAAUCGGUCAAGAUUCAGCAGAGAGUUUCAUUCUUCGUAGGUUAGAAUGCUGAAAGCAUCCUUACCUCGACGGAAACUUCUCUUUCAAUGUUGAAAGUUUCAUUUACAACUUUGAGUCAGGCUCCAGAGAGCCCCUAAUCGAACCAUGGGAAAUGAAUAUGAGCCUGAGAAAGGCACUUCCUGGAAACUUUGAUACUGAAGGAUCUGUAGAAAUUACAACCAAUAAGCCCUUAAACAUAAACCUGAGUUAUGGAGUUACCCAUGUGAUCAAGAAGACCAUGAAGAAUAUUAUGAGGCCUGUCAAACACAUUGAGGAGAUCAAGACUGAUAAGAGACCUCAGGAGAAAUUCGAUGAAGAAGAAGUCAUGGAGUUUAUGAACAAUCUUGGAGUCCCAAUGCAAGUAGCCGUUGAAGGCUUUAUGGAAGACCCUAAGAAAUUCAGAGGAAGCUUUACUAGUGAAGGUACAAUCCCAUGAUUAGAUUUACCUGUUGACCGAGAACCAGCCUCCAUGAGUCAGGCUGCACUUAGAGAUUCGACCAUGAGUUUCUCAAGAUAUGCUAGAAAAAGUGACCAUUCCUUAGACGGCCUCAUCUUAAGAAUGGAUGUAAUGGUGUUUGGGAUGAAGCUGGUUAAAGAAGUUCCAGUCGAUCUUGUCGGAGUCAGAUCCUAUAAUCUUGAAUUUGAAGAUAAGACAAAAACUAAGCUUAAUUUUGGAAUGGUUGUGAGAACUCAAAGCUGAGCGAAUGGUAAAAAGAUGAGAGUCUCCUUUGAAUCACAAGUAUUAUUUGCAAAUAAUUGAUAUUUCCCUAUUGAGCUAACAGCAAUCAAUGAUUCUGGACUUUCAAGAGCUUCAAUGGGUAAUGAAGAUAAUAUGAGAGUGACAAUAAAUCCAAACAAGAUAUUCAGAAUUCCUUUGAACUGGAUAAUUAAUAAUUUUACUAUCAUGUAUACUCACUAUGAUGGGCCGAGUACGAAAACAAAGCUAUUAUCACCCCAAUUUGCAAGUUCAAUCCUCCAGGGAACACCUGAUGACCCAAAACUAACUUUCAAUAGCCAGUAUUUCUCUUAUAGGAAGGAUGAGGGGUAUGAAACUUUCUUUUCUUUCGAUUUACAUGCAUUCAAGUGUAAGCCUUACCAGUUGGAUGUACCUCUACAAUUUUUGGCAUCCUUCAACCCUCCUGUUUGCUUCAAGAAUAUGCUGUUCGGAGAUGUCUCAAUCCACAAAGAAACUUGUGUGAAAGAAAUCAUGAGACUAAAACCUGAGGAUUAUGACUAUAUUUACUGUAAGACUGUGCCGGAUGAUUUAAGAUUCUCCAAAAUUCCUCUAGAGGCAGAAAAGUACUCCUUUGUGCUUCAUAAGAAGUCGGGUGUCAAGGUAAUGACUGAGUACGACUAUCUUCAUGACCAAACAUUUGAUAUUAAGUUGUACACAAAAGCUCACUUGACAAGAGAGACAAGUACUACAUAUGACCUGGAAUCCAUUUCAGUGAAGUUUGAAAUAACUUCCUUUGAGGUCAGAGAGAAUGAGUAUGAUUAUUUCCAGCUUAGAGAAUGAGUCGAGAGCAAGACUUCCUCGAUUUCCAUGGUUCUAUAUUCACCAUACGUUGUUGUCAACAAGACUGGGCUUAACCUUGUUCUUGGCAUGGGCGAUAAGAGAAAUGACCUAGAAAUUUUAGGCAAUGAAACUCAAUACUUUAACCCAAGAAAAGAGACCAAAUUAUUUAUUAAGGCUGAGGAUCACUCUUGGAGUAAAGAAUUCUCUAUCAAGACUCCAGGAGUGUCUGGAGAGGUCUCACUCAAGGCAAAUAAGAGCGUAGCAUCUUCACAUAAAUAUAUUAGAGAAUAUAACUCCUCGGAGAUUGACUUUGGAGUGAGGAUUGCUACUCUUUCUUCAGCAUUCUAUAAAACCGUUGCUAUCACAAUAGCACCCAGAUUUGUUCUCUGCAACAAAUGUAGCGAAAAUUUGAUUAUCAUGAAUGAUGAAAGAGGUAGUAGAGCCCAACACAUGCUUAACAAGAACGAAGAGAAAAUUUACUACUUUGAAAAUAAAUCAAAUGGUGAAAAUUUGAUCAAAUUCAGAACACUUUUAGAAGAAGAGAAAGAGAAAAGGGUGUGUACGCUUCCUCAAGUUAUUGGCUCCACUCAGUGGAGCCAUAGCUUUGGAAUCACAGAUAUUUCUGAUUUCCAAGCUGCCUGCGGAGGUACUGAAGAGCACAAGUCCAACAAGUGGUAUCUCCCAAGUAGCAGCAACGGCUACAGAAGAUAUGUCAGAGUAAUGAUAACUACACAAGAUGAAGCGACUAUUUUUGUAGUAUUCUCAGACCCUGGAACUCCAGAUUGCAUUAUGAAGAACGAUACCAACAAAAAUAUUAGAAUCAAACAAAGCAAAAUAGGUAUCUGGAAUGAGCUUGAGCCGAAGCAAGAAAUACCCUUCAUUUGGGACGAUGAAGUAGAAAUGAAGACUGAUAGAGGAGGAGAACACAAAAUCAAAAUUGAUAAAAUAGAAACUGUUAAAGUAAAGAAAGGCAAAUGGGAGCAGAUAGAGGUAGAAGCUAUAUCUAGCAAGAAGAACAAGGAAGUCAUCAUCAGAGAUUUAAUGGAGGAAAACACUCAGGAAGAUACCUUGGCUAAGAAUCAAUUUGAAUAUAUUAUGGAGCAGAAAUUAAAUUAUAGAUGAAUCAAGCUGUCGCUUGAUCUUAAGAGUGUUUGUAUAUCUAUUAUCAACUCUCAACCAAAAGAGAUACUAUUAAUCGCUGUGCAUAAGCCUUUUAUCAGCUAUAACAGGCUUACAUCCAAUAGCAUCUCAGAAACUUAUGAAAUAGUCGAUGUACGUGUAGAUCAUUUCCAGAUUGACAACAUGGUCUCUUGGGAGAAUCCUGUACUUCUCUGUCCAAAGAAAGUACUUCAUUGUAAGGAAGAAGUUAAAGAAGAGAAGAAAGGAAGUGAUGGUGAAUACACCCCAUUUGUCCAACUAAAAAUUGAAAGAGAGAUGACUAAUAACAACGGAACUAUCCAUACUAAAUUCCCAUGCUUGCUUUUCUCUAUGCAAGAGAUUUUAGUAAAGGUUGAGACUAAAUCAUUAAAUGAGAUUAUGAAGAUCGUCAACAGAAUUGUUUCAGUCUUUUCUCUAUUCGACACUGAAUAUAGAAGCUCACUGUAUGUAUACGAGAAGAACCUUAGGAAGAAUACUAGGAUAACUCUGAGCGAGGAGGAGAAGAAGGAAAUGGGGUAUAAGUCUAUUGAUAAAUACUCGCCUCAAUUAGAAAACUCUUGUCCAUCAAUUAUUAAUGAGCCAAUAAUUACAGCUGAGAGAAACUACUUUGAGUUUGUGAACAUCGGUGCAAUGAAGAUCAUACUUACAGUUCAAAUAGAGCACAAGUAUAUGGAUCUGGAUUAUAGAAGAGAGGGAGGUGGUAUCAACUCAGUUGGAUAUACUCUGAUCUCUAACAUUGCGAGUAUGUCUGAUACUCCUCUCUGGUUCAAAGAGCUGAUCAUCACCCAUACCUACACAGCUCCUGAGAACCUUGCGGAUAUCAUUGUGAGGAACUUUAUCAGACAAGGAGCUGGUCAAUUUUACAAGUUCAUCGGUUCUUCUGAUAUCUUGGGAAAUCCAGUGGGAUUUGUCAACAAGCUUGGAACAGGAGUUUACGAGUUUAUUAAUGAGCCCAAGAAAGGACUUGUCAAGGGCCCAACACAUUUUGUAGGUGGAGUUGGUAAAGGAGUCAAGUCUCUUGUUGGCGGAUUCACUACAGCAAGUCUUGACUCAUUCUCUAAGAUUACUGGAUCUCUCUAUAAUACAACCAAGGAUAUUGCUGGCCAAAAAAUUGAGAGAGAAAAAGCUCCUGAUAAUGUAGCUAAGGGUGUCUAUAAGGGAGCAAAAGGAGGACUCAAAGAGCUUGGAACAGGUGUCGCGGGAUUAUUUACUCAACCAGUCAAGUAUGCUAAGAAAGAUGGAGUCGGAGGUUUCUUUGUGGGUAUGGGUAAAGGUCUUCUUGGAGCAGCAGCAUCUCCGUUCUCAGCAACACUCAAAGCAGCCACAAAUGUGAGUCAAGGUUUGAAUUCCACUACAAGCAAGCUCAUUCAUGGUAGAAUUGAGAAGCAAGGGAGAUAUAGACAUCCAAGAUACAUAAGCCCAACAGGAAUCAUCCAAGAGUAUAAUGAGCAGCUUUCUGAGGCAAAGCUGAUUCUCGAAAAUUUAAGGAAAGGAAGAUAUAGUGAUGAGGCUAUCCACUUUAUUGCAAAGUUCUAUAAAUUCACCAAAAAGAGUCAAGAACUAGAGGGUGUAUUUAUCAUCACCAAUGAUCAUAUAAUCUAUUGUAAAGAUCUUGAGAAAAUCAUAUUCAAGUGUAAGAGAAAGGAUAUCACAGAGGUUGAGAAGUACACUGAAGGGAUGGAUAUGAGAACUGGUAACUCAAUUCACCACUUGAAAGUUCAAACCAGGAAGAAAAAGAAGAGAGUGUUCACAAGCCAUAUAUAUUUAGAUACUCAUAAAGCAGAACAGAUCUUAAAGAGUUAAGAAAUUUCAUAGCUAAAUG